AAUUAUUAAAAUGAUGGCUGAUCAAAUUUUCAACAGUGAAAGUUUUGAAGAUAUUUCAAACUACAUUUAAUCUAACAACCAGGAUUCAUUGCCACUAAGUUUUUGCAAUUUCUAAGAAAACCUUAACUACGAAGACAAGUUUGAAUCAUUUAAAUUUAAUUAGCACAACUGAAAUGGAAGUACUUUUUGAUUUGAAUAACGAAGAUGUAAUUAUGGAGAGUGAUUAAGAGGAGAAGUAAGAAAUUUAUUUACAUAGAAUCAAAAUAAAAGAAAAAUUGGAAAACGUAUUUCGAAGAUAAUUAAAGAAGGAAAAAAAAUCAAAGUUUUAGAAUGAAUGUCGUUAUAUCGUUGGAGAUGCAAUUCAAGCUAUGGAAAAUUUUGAUUUACCUCAAGAGGUAGUAAAGUAUUAUAGAAGAAUUGCUUCAUCAAUAAUUGGAUUUCAAGCAUUAAAAUAGCAUCUAAUAUUGAAUAAGGAUGAUUCAAGUGAAACCGUAUAAAGAAAAAGAAUCUUCUAAAGCUAUUUAAUUGAGUUUUUAUAAAAAAAAGGUUGCUCAAUUUAUUUAAUUUUGUAGCAUCUUUGUAUAUCUUAAAAUCAAGGAAGAAAUAGAAAUUAAGACAAUAUUUGUAAUACAAAAAUAAGAUAAUGAUGUUCUAUGUAAAGUACCCUGAAUAAUGGCAAAGAAAUGAAUUACCACAUUUUAAUUAGCAGCAGUAUUGUCAAUCGUAACACCUAUUGGAUUGAAUGUGAAAAAAAUGACUUUGGAGCAUGG